UUAAUAUAGACCCGCAAAUGACCCAGGCCCGCUUGCGCCGGAAAAGUAUUAAAGACGAGAAGCCCGUGGCACAAUGAUAAUCGGCCAUGGCUGCCACUGGCUUAGCUUCACAAGCUUUCGUUCGUACGGGAGUUCACUCAUUUCUUCAACCCGCCUAUCGUUCUACAAGCCUCAGAACCAAGCUCAGUGGCCUCAGAAUCCUCCCCCUUUCCGCCCCUUUCACCUCUUCAGCUUUGGGCAUUUGCACCCCAGUGACCGCUGUAAAAGGUGGAGCCCCUGUUUUGGUCAAAGGCGUUGGGAACAAGGAUACAAUUGAGGAUGUCAAGAGAAUUCUUGAUAUGGCAAAUCGGGCGUCAUUAAGGCAGGAAGUUUUACAUACCGACUUUCUCACACCACUUGUAUUGAAAGAAUCGAUGCAAGCAUUAGAGAAGUUUACGCAGAUCAAAAUGGUAGUUCAGGGAGGAUAUCCAGAGGCCGAGCGUUGCCGGCUGUCAGUUGGACAUCCAGACAUAUUGACAUCUGAUCCGGAUAUUAUUGCAGCACUAAGUAUCUCAGGGAACUUUAGUUUUGAAUCAUGUUCUCAUGGUGACUUCCUUGGGGCAAUCCUAGGCACUGGGAUUGUGAGGGAUAAGCUGGGAGACAUUAUAUUGCAGGGAGAAAAGGGGGCUCAUAUUCUUAUUGUUCCAGAACUUGUUGACUUCCUUGUCUCGUCAUUGGACAAGAACCGAGCCACAUAUUCAAAGGAUGUUCAUGACAUGGCUAUAGCAGAAAAUUGCUUUAUGGUAAGGAGUGUUUCUGUUACCUGUGAAAAGAUUCCAUUGCUUGCUCUUGAAUACCAGCCCCCGAGGACCAAGACCAUGAAAACUGUUGAAGCAUCAAUAAGACUUGAUUCUAUAGCUAGUGCUGGUUUCAAAAUUUCACGAUCGAAAAUGGCUGAUUUGAUAAGCAAAGGAGAUGUGCGUGUCAACUGGGCUACUGUGAUGAAAAACAACACUACUCUGAGGACAGGUGACAUCAUCUCUGUUAGCGGGAAGGGAAGACUUAAGAUUGGAGAAAUAAGCUCUACAAGAAAAGGAAAGUUUGCAGUCGAGCUUGUACGUUAUUUAUGAUGUGUGAUAUUCUAGCUUUCAUUAGUUUGUGAAUCGUGUCCCAAUCUUUAUAUUUAGGCGAUCGAUCUUUUCUUCUAGCACUUAGAUAUGUCUAGGUGAAGAGAAUGUUGAAAUGACAUCUUUAUGGUUAUGGGAAGAAUUUCAUUAGAGUGAAAUCUUUUCUUACAUGAAGAAUAAAUUGUUGAAUUUUGUGUAUGGUGAAAGGAUAUCUUCAUAAUUAUUGUUUUUUCAUGGACGAUGUGAUUCAUCUUUUUAUUUUUACUUGAGAGAGAAAGCAGUCUUCAUUUUUCUUCAUAUUU